GAUUUUUUGUAAUAAUAUUGAUAACCAUUGAUUACUUUGUAAUUGCAUUUUGUAUUAGUUCUUCUCACAAAGAAAACAAAAAAGUUGUGAGAGCAAAUGGCAGUGGAGAAAGACAGAAAAGUGGAUCAUGUAAUUGUGAAGCAGAGGAAUAUUAUAUUGGUUGGAAUUCGAAUUGAUGAAAGUGGCAAAGAGAUCUUGAAAUGGGCACUUGAAGAAGUUGCAGAACAUGGAGAUUGUGUUGUUGUUGUCCAUGUUUGUUUUACUUCUUACCGUGCCUUGAAAAGCAAGUCAUCGCUGGAUCGGUACUUAGAACUUUACAGUGAACUCUGCUCAACAAAGAAGAUUGAGCUCAAAGGAGAAGUUUUGAAGGGAAAUUCAGUUCUAGGGGUUUUAGUUAAAGAGGCAAAGAGGUACAACGCCAUGUCAGUUGUUGUUGGAGUUAAACAACAAAGAAAAUUAAGUCUAAAAAUAGCUAAAGGCUGCGCCAAAGAGCUUCCUUCAACAACCGAUGUUUUGGCCAUCCAUAGAGGGAGUAUAGUCUUUAGACGUUCCAACCAAUACCAACUACCUCUUGCACAAAAGAUGAGUUCAAGACCAGGUUCUGAACUUUCUGAUGGAUUUAUAGACAAAGAAAGCGAACUGAAAUCCGAAGAAUCGACGGUUAAAAGCAAAGAGCUUGCGAAAACAACGGGUCAAGAGAAGAGGAAGAUCUCAGGAAGAUCGCUAUCGCUUCCAUCGGUAGAGGUAGUAGACCAGACACCGGGCUGGCCAUUGCUAAGAACAACCACUUUAGCUACUUCAAUGGUUCAACAUCAGACUAGGAAGAUAUCAGUUGUCAAUUGGGUCAUGAGCUUGCCUGAACGAUUUCCGCAUCAUCCGAAUAUGACUUCUCCAACGAGCUUUUGCGAUAAACAACUUAAAGACAUACUAAAGGAAAUAAACAGAUGGUUUAGCUAUGAUGUUCUCAAGAUAGCAACAUCAGAUUUCUCUUCAGAGAAUCUGAUCGGAAAAGGAGGAUGUAACGAAGUGUACAAAGGGUUUCUUGAAGAUGGUAAAGCCGUGGCGGUGAAGAUCUUGAAACCAUCUGUAAAAGAAGCAGUUAAGGAGUUUGUUCAUGAAGUGAGCAUAAUCUCUUCUUUGAGUCACUCAAACAUAUCUCCUUUGAUUGGUGUCUGCGUUCAUUACAAUGAUCUAAUCUCUGUUUACAAUCUCUCAUCCAAAGGGAGUUUGGAGGAAACUCUUCAGGGUAAACAUGUAUUGAGAUGGGAAGAGAGAUUCAAGAUAGCAAUUGGGUUAGGGGAAGCUCUUGAUUAUCUCCAUAACCAAUGUUCUAAUCCUGUGAUCCACAGAGAUGUCAAAUCUUCGAAUGUUCUACUCUCAGAUGUGUUCGAACCUCAGCUUUCGGAUUUCGGUCUUUCGAUGUGGGGAUCAAAGUCUUGUCGAUACACGAUACAAAGAGAUGUGGUGGGGACAUUUGGAUAUCUAGCUCCUGAGUACUUUAUGUAUGGAAAAGUUAGCGAUAAAGUCGAUGUAUAUGCCUUUGGAGUAGUUUUGCUUGAACUCAUUUCAGGAAGAACUCCUAUUUCAUCUGAUAGCCCAAGAGGACAAGAGAGUUUGGUCAUGUGGGCAAGACCAAUGAUCGAAAAAGGCAAUGCAAAAGAGCUCUUGGAUCCGAAUAUUUCUGGGACUUUUGAUGAGGAUCAGUUUCAUAAGAUGGUUCUUGCUGCUACACAUUGUCUCACAAGAGCAGCCACUUAUCGUCCCAAUAUCAGAGAGAUAUUGAAGCUGCUAAGAGGCGAAGAUGAUGUCUCGAAAUGGAUGAAGAUAGUAGAAGAAAACGAAGAUUGUUUCGACGAUGAGGUUUACCCAAAUUCGAACACAGAAUUACACUUGAGCCUCGCGAUGAUAGAUGUGGACGAUAAUGACUCUGUGUCAAUCAGUAGCUUGGAGAGAAGUAACAACAGCCUUUUUUCUUCUUCUUCCUCUCAGGAGCUUCAGUCUUAAUUAGGGUUUGUGCUUAGUGUCUCCACUUCACUUGAGGAUCACGUCAUCUCUCACGGUGUCUGCAUUCAAUAUAUCACUUGUCCGACUUGGCUUUUGCAACCGUUGUCGGAAAGGCUUUUUCCUCUUUCUUUUUUUGUAUAGAUGAGAGGAGGAAAAUAUAACUUAAUUACUAAA